UGUAGAGUCCGUAUUAUGACGUCAUCAACAAUUGGAAAGAGAGAACGUCGCAUCUGCCAUAAAGUUCGCUCAGAAUGGCUACAAAAAUCAUAUUUCUAGCUUUAUGGCUAAAUUUUAUUGGACUCAUAUUAUGUAGGAAGCAUCACUUGAUUCUGCACAAUGAAAUGAGAAAAGACAUUGAGAUUACAAACUUCGGCCUCCUCCAAGGCGGGAUGCUGUCAAUCAAUGUCUCAAACCUUAGUUUUCCUGUACCAGACACACAGUCCUGGGCACAGAUUCAAAAGACUACACUGAUUGGCUUCACAUUGGACAUGUCAGGAAGCUAUGAGAGUGCAUCUUAUGCUGAAGACCACACUAAUGGCAACUGUGUCCUUAAACCUGGGAGCGUUGGCAAGAAUGACUCUGUGGCAACACUUUAUUUGACUUUAAAUUUUACAACCAAAAGUCUGGAAGUCAACAGAUGGGGUACAAAACUGAAGAAUCUGAAGAUAGUACCUAUGCGUGCAGGAAUAGAUGUUUGCAGUGAUGUAGAUCCUCCAGCUCCACCUGCCCCUCCAGCUCCACCUGCCCCUCAACAACCCUCAGGGGUGGUGGAGCAGAUUCUAACAAGACGAAGGAGACAGGAUCCUGAUAGUCUAGAUGGAGCUGGACUAAACCCAGUCAAACCAGGGCCUGGAGAAAAGGGCCAGGGCCAACUUGAAAUUGAAAAAGAUCCUGGAGAUUCAGGUCCAAAAAUCCCAACCAACGAUUCCAAUGCAAAACCAGUGGAUAAAGCAAAAGUCACUCAAACUCCCUUGCCAACCAGCGCACCUACACAUCUGAUAAACCUACCAGCAUACAUGGAGAGGAAAAAUAACAUCUUAUACAUCAACACAAGUUUUGUAGUUUGCAUCAAGAACAAAAGUGAGCAGGGUCUGUACAGCUUCUUCUAUCACCAUUGCACAACCAAUCCUAAAGAACCUGUCAACUUCUCUGUCUCAAUCGUGGAGAGGAACGUUGGGCCAAACUACCUAUCCGCUGGAGACAUCCCCCUGCCCACCCUCUACGCCACCAUGUCCCUUCUCUUCUUAUGCUCGGCUAUCUACUGGAUCUAUUACCUUUGUCACCAAGAGAUCGUCUUUAAGAUACACUACUUCAUGUUCUUCUUGGCCUUGCUCAAGUCACUGUCACUCAUGUUUCAUGCUGUGGAUUAUCAUUAUAUCGGUAAGGAUGGUAGACCUAUGGAAGCAUUUGAAAUCCUCUUCUACAUCACAUACUUAACUAAAGGCGCCCUCUUGUUUGGAACCAUCGUACUGAUUGGAUCUGGUUGGGCAUUCAUCAAACCUAUUCUCUCCGAUCAAGACAAGAAACUCUUCUGGAUUGUUAUUCCGCUUCAGAUCUUUGCCAACGUAGCGUACAUCAUCACCGACACGUCUGAGGAAGGAGAAGCACAGUAUUCUAUGUGGAAGGUCAUGUUUGUUACGGUAGAUAUCAUCUGCUGCGGUGCUAUCCUCUAUCCCGUCAUAUGGUCCAUACGCCAUCUCCAGGAUGCAGCACAGACAGACGGCAAAGCAGCCAUAAGUCUGGUGAAACUGAAGCUCUUUAGGUCCUAUUAUGUUUUGGUGGUGUGCUACAUCUAUUUUUCCAGAAUAGUCGUUUAUAUCCUGAAGGUAACAAUGCCAUUCCAGUUCAUGUGGUUGGACGAGUUCUUCUUUGAAUUGGCAACGUACGUCUUCUACGUAUUGACGGCUUACAAGUUUCGGCCUGGUACGGAUAAUCCUUACCUUCAACUUCCAUCCGAUGAUGAAGAUGAGGAUGAGAUUGAGAUGGAUGAGGUAUUGACAGAAACCGGACACUCGGAAGGACUGGUAAGGCAUGUAAAUGCUACUUCAAGAGUCAAGCAACGUGAGACAAACCAAAGUGCGUAGACACAGGCGUAGCUCAACAAGAUAAGCAGCUAUAUCAGAGAAGGGUAGUAGAUAAUACUAUCUGCUGAAAGAUAGAAGGGCUUAACUGUAUGAUGAUGACUUUAAUGCCCUCCUUGCUGUCAGCAGGUGAUAUAGGUUUACAGAGAAGAAAGUAGCAACUCUAUUAUACUAGAACACAUUACACUAUGAACAUGACGGACAAAGAAAGAGGACAAAAUAAACAGUUCCUCAUUCUACCUUCAACGAUUG